AUGUGGUCAUCACCGAAGUGCUCACCACUUCGUCUCUCCAGUUUGACGUUUCUGACUUUGGUGUCUCGCCUCUGGUGUUCGCUGGAAUGCUCUCCCUUUCUCCUCUCUGCCAGAUCGGGGUUUAAAGCACUCCAUCUCACUGCAAUUCUCCAUUUCUUGAGUUGUUUGGAAAAAUUCUCCGUAAUUAUCGAAAUCGAACUGUACAGUUACGUGUUACAUACGAAUCAAUCGGAUCAAUCAAUUUCUCUUCGGACAGCAGACACAAUUGGUGCGUGA